AUGAGGUGGCUUGGGAUCCUCUGGCUGGUGGCCCUCUCAGAGUGCGUAGUCAUAAUCCCUCUAACCAAGAUGGAGACCAUGCGAGAAACCCUCAGGAAAGAAAACCUGCUGACAAAUUUCCUCGAGGAGAACACUGAUGACACAUCCCAGAAUGCCACUGAUGAUCCCCUUAUUUCUCUUCAACCCCUGAGGAAAAUCCUGGAUGUAUGCUAUGUUGGCAACAUCACCAUUGGAACACCCCCUCAGGAGUUCAAGGUCCUCUUUGACACUGCCUUAUCUUGCACGUGGAUUCCUUCCAUUAACUGCUCCAGGACUUCCUGCCGUAGACACAAUCUCUUCAACCCUCAGCUGUCCACCACCAUCCGGCUCACAAGCCUGUCCAUCAACAUCAAAUACAGCACUGGGAGGAUUGCUGGAGUUCUUGCCUAUGACACCAUUCGGAUCAUGAAACUUGUCGACAUUGACCAGCCAUUUGUCCUGACUGAGACACAGAGUGGGUUUGAUCAUGUAAUAUUUGAUGGAGUCCUGGGCUUGGGCCAUCCCAGGUUUGGUCCCAAAAAUUACAUCCCUGUUUUUGACAACCUGAAGAAACAAGGCGUCAUUUCAGAGCCUAUCUUUGCUUUCUACUUGAGCAACAGGAAGGAGAAUGGCAGCGUGGUGAUGUUUGGUGGGGUGGACCACCGCUACCACAAAGGAAGUCUCAAGUGGAUACCAGUGUCCCGAACCCGCUUCUGGCAGAUAGCCAUGAACCGCAUCACCAUGAAUGGGUGGAUGGUUGGCUGUUUCCAUCAAUGUGAGGCCAUUCUGAAUACUGGGACUACGUGGCUGGCUGGCCCAACUAGACUGGUCACCGGCAUUCAGAAGCUCAUCAAUGCCAAGGCUUUUGGUGAAGAGUAUCAGGUUCCAUGUAGUAACAUCAGGAGUCUGCCUUCUAUCAUCUUCACCAUCAAUGGCAAUGAAUACACAGUGCCCCCUGUAGCCUACAUCUGGAAGAGUCCUUAUAACACCUGUGUCAGCCGGUUUCGAGGGGGCACAGAGACCUGGAACCAUUUGGAGACCUGGGUCCUGGGUGAUGCCUUCUUGAGGAUGUACUUGUCUGUGUAUGAUAGGAGAAAGAGGAUGGUUGGCCUAGCUCCCGCAGUGUAA